AUGUCGGAAACAAAUGAGGAUUUACUUACCUACGACUUGGGCAACGAUGAUCCGGCUAUGCUCAACGAAGACGAGCUGCUGCUGUCCGAUGACGAGGGUGGCAUCAAAAUUGACCAGCAGGAUGAGGAGUUUCUGCUGAGUGAAUCGGAAGAAUGGGUAAGCAAACAGCUGUCCGCGCGAGAGGGUGAUUCGGUCGAGACACCCGCCGGUGAACCUGAGAAGAUCGAACAUGAGCCACCGCAGCGUCGAAGGGGAGGACACACGGCUACUGCAGCUGAGAGCAAAGAUGCGGUAACAUGUGAGAACUCGAGCAGCGGUUUCCACGAACCGCGCUCCUCCGUGGCGGUUCCCAGCGCUGUGCACAAGGAAGUAUCGGAUGCACGUACCGAAUCCUCGAUGGCCUCGACGGCGGAAGACAACGAAACCGAGGCGGAUUGUGCUGAUUCCGUGUUAUCACAAGAGACCGUUACAACGGACUCGAAGAGUUUGACCUCGGUGGCAACGACUAGUGCGUCCGAGUCAACGGUUUCUGGUGGUAAAAGGUCAUCGGAUUUGCGAUUGUUCGCUUCACCGGCCCGUUCGAACGCAGAAAGCUUGGGUAGCGUAGUUAGCGCAUCGAUCCGAUCAGAGCGGACAGCGGCAAGUCAACAGUGUGAUACGACCUCGUCGGAAGAUGUGAUCGAUUUAUACACGAGUGGGCACAAUCCGACCGACCUGGACCCUUCCUAUGAUACGGACGAAUCAAACGAAAAGCGUGGAUGGAAGAACGAAACGAAGGGUCAGGAUCAGCGGCAUACGGCCGUGCAGCAACAGCUUCAUCACCACCAGCAACAGCAGCACCACCACCAACAACAACAACACCAUCAACAGCAACAGCAUCUCCACGGGCCAGGAAACCGACAACCACAUCCGGGUGCCUUCGGAAAGCCGGUUCUAAAGCAUCCCCUGCUUGCUCCCGGCCAACAGCAGCCACAUGCUGGUAUGGGUAAUCCGCUUCUCGGACCGCACGGUGGUCUAGCCGGAUUCGGCUUGCCACUCGGCGGUAACCGAAUCGACUUCCGGACCGGUGGUAACCGGCCACGCUUUCCAGUGCGGCCCAAUUUCCCCCCUGAAAUGAACCAGUACCGAGGCAUUGGCCGAAUGAACUUUCCUCCCGGUGGCCAUCCACCAGGCGUACACCCUCCACCGGGUCCGAUGGGUCCUCGGGGUCUAGGAAUGCCGAUGCCGCACCGUGGUUUUCCACCGCGACCUCCUCCCUUUGAUAUGAUGCGACCGGUGCGACCGGGAGAACGGGUGACGUACGAGGGAGUGCGUCUAAGACCACACUUGGUGGCAAACGUGGCAAACUUGGCGGCUAUGUAUCGUGGCACGGCACCGCUGAACGGGCCGAGUACUGGUGGUACAGGUGUGCAGCCGGGUGGCCCGAGACCAGCUCCCGGUUCAAAUGGCCCCCAGUUUGGACCGCACCUAUCGCAAAUGCAACCGAACCAAUCGGUCCCCGUGGGACCGAUAGGUGGAGCAAAUGCCGCAGCUGUUGGUGGUGUAUCUGUGGCUCCUCCUCAGUCACUGCUUUCCGGCACUUUCGAUCCGAUGUCGUUGGGAGGAAAACCGUUGCCAGCAGUUGUGACACCAGCCGUAGCUCCGUUUCCACAAAAAGUCCUCAUCAAUCCCAACUUUAAGGGGGGCGUCGAAGCCGUGAAGAAUCAGCUGAUGCGCGAUGCUGCUCUCAACUCGCAGCAGUUCGUUGCCAGUGUUAGUACCGUCGCGCGUCAGGUCAGCGAUGAGGAACUGUUGCGUCAGCAGGAAGAGUUCAUCAACAAGAAUCGUAUCGAGGUGGAGAAACGGCGCCAAGAACGGUCACCAUCGCCGUCCCGAGAGCGCGACCGCGACAGGGAACGUGAACGAGAACGCGAGCGGGAUCGUGCUAGAUCACGUGAAAGAGAAACGCGGGAACGAGAGCGAGAACGGGAGCGCGAACGAGAGCGCGAUCGAGAACGAGAUGUACGUGAGGCACCACGGGCGCGCUCUCGUGAUCGUGAGCGUGAAUACUCACCCAGGCGAGCGUAUCACAGGGCUCCCCCUGGUGGCGAAAGCCGUGAGCGAGAAUUGGCGGGAAGACCGAGAAGAAACUUUGUCCGCGGCAGAAAUGACAGCCGCGAACGUGAUGAUGAUCAUCGGUUCCCGAAGCGUCGAAAGAGCGGUGAUUACGGUGACAACCAUCGCGGUAAUCACGAGCGUAAUGACGAUGAUGAGGAUCCGGAAACAAGAGCUUAUCGUAUCGAGAUCGAAAAGCAGAAAGUGACACGGGAGAAGAUGCUCCGCGAAAAGGAGAUGCGCCGGAAGCGGGCCGCUGAGGAGAAACUGAAGAGUCGCUCAAAUGAGAGUAAGCCACAGGAGAACACUCCACCGAAACUAACGCCACUGGUGGUAACGGAGAAGAAAAUUAUUACGUUGAAAAAGAAACCCGAUCCAACGACGGUGCCGGCAACGUCGACCGAUGAUGAAAUGCGCCACCGCCAUGCGGACACGGAACGUGUCGCUCAUCAUGCGACUAGCAAAUCGAAUGAACAGCAUGGGCGAGAUGGUGGUUCCCGUUGUUCCGGUCGGUCGACUGCAAAUGAUUUGCACGAAUCAAACGAAGCAUCGACCACCACCACCACCGUGGACAGCUUCCAACGGCAGCGUAAAAAUAGCGAGCUAACGUCGGAAGCGAUUGAAUUGGAUCUGCUCGAGGAGCUUCUGUUGCGUGAACCCACUCCCGAACCGAUGCCUACGAGGCCGAAAACUGUGGUCACCACCACCACAACCACUAACAGUAGUCAGGUUACGACCACUAGCAAUACUACAUCCGCUCGAGCGGUUAUUGCAACGUCUUCGAGCACCGGAACGAGUAACAGCCCCAAGGAGCGCAGCGGCGGAGCGAGACGGAUCGUGCUGAAGCCGAUGGCAUCGGGAGCGGCGAAAAAGGAUCGACAGGAGGCGAGAAUCGACCAGCAUCAUCACCAGCAGCAGCAGCACCAUCAUCACCACCAUCAUCAGCAAUCGGCGACCGUCCUCAGUGGCAGCAAGCGACGUAUUUUCGAUCGGCUGGACAAGCGCAUCGGAGUGAAUGAGGCUGACAAACAGAAGAUUCAAAGGUUUGCCGAUGUCAGCCUUUCCCUUCUAAGCUUAGAAAAGUAUUCCAAAAAACUGUGUGUGUUUAUGUACUAGAAUUAGUGCAAACGCGAGUUGUGUAAAGAUUCAGAUCAAGUUAAUUUCUAGCUGCAUUAGAAGAAAACACUUUCAACGUACGCACCUUCAAUAUUCAUACCCUCACGUGCAAACCGGGGUUAUCAACUGUUAACGACUGAAUGUAUUAUGUGUCAUGGCUUUCGUUUUCCGUUUGGAAACGUGAAAAAAUGUAUCCAAAAUCGUGCACCGGUGUGUUAGGGUCAGAUAGGAGAUCAUGAAAGGUGGUAGGAUAAAGUGGAUUGGAAAAUUAGGAAAGAAGUCAAAGUUUUUCCCGCUUUCUGUUUCCUCACAAUUUUGCGUCAGAAGCGACGAAUAUUUGUGAUUGAAACGAAUGAAACAAAAGCACUUUCGAUACACAAACUAACACACAUACCUAGAGAGGAGGACUAUUCCCUUUCGCUUUAAAUAUACUAGCUUUCGUCUCUUUCAGCAAUGAAGUACGAAUUAAUUAAGGUGACCAAUAAAAUAAAGCAUAACAAACUGUUCAUUCAACGUACACGUAUGAGAAAAAAGAACAACUACACAACCCAAUGUAGACGUGGUUUUUAUUGUGUAAAUAAUAUUAGUGAUGCUUUCCUAUUUUUUUGUUUGAUAAAAAAGAAGGGAAGCUAUUUUAAGGUAUUACUAGAGCGUGCCACGCUGCGAAACGACGCUUGGCUGGUGGCUGUGCGACUGUUAUCUAUUCUCUCGUUACACUGUCGGUAGUUAAAAUGUUUGUUUUCCAGUUUCUAACUCAUAAGCUCUCGUUAUCCAAACUGUCGAAUCGAACUGAACACACCGUGUAAAUGGGAGUAGACAUCUUGUACAGUGCUAGGUCGGUGGCUAGAGUAGAACUUUAUUUGAUUCAACUGUUCUCGCAGAAAGUAGGUUAGUUCGCGCUUUCAAGUGGCGUUCUUGUCCUUUGGAAGGUCUUCCGUCAGUUCAACAGACCAUGAAAUGCGAAUGGAAUCGAAUCGAAAGUGACAGCAAAAGAAACAAUAGUACAAAUGUUGCCUGCGAGAAGCCGAAUCUUUCGGGUUCCCUUUUGAGGGAGAAAAGCUGUUAAAAAAUAGGAUAAAACGUACAAACCCAAACCACCACGAAAGACUGUGACCGGUGUUGCGAAAGAACGAAUAGUCUAAUGCGGGUUUGAACUGCAUUUAUUAUCGACGGAACUGUGCUCCUGCAGCAAGGUUUGUCGGUAGUUUUAUUUUGCAUUUUUCGAAUCGAAGAACGGCAUAGCUAGAAUCGUUUAUAAACUCAUAAACUACAUUAGGGACACGUAGCGCUUAGUUGUACGCAUCGUGUUAUCGCAUUAGUUGUGUCAAGAAACGACAAACAGCGGUAAAAGUCUUUAGCCGUAAGCUUUAGCCACAACCAAACAUCGCCACAGACCGCAGGCCCAAAGGGUUGAAAAGAAUAACACUGACAGCACACAGGGCACAAUUUCAUUUAUUUAUGUACAAAGCGUGGUCGCGAGGAUUCUCCCUCAGGCUUGUUUUGCUGGCGCGUACCGGUAGCAGCAGGCAGCUACUACGGAGUCGUAGGUACUGCUGGCUUAGUUUUACUUUAUAUAGUGUUCCGCCUUUAUCUAACGCGUGUCUCUCAAGAAGAGCCGUUUCUCGCUCGUGGUGGUCUCGCUGCUCAGGAAAGGAAGUCGCUUUCGCGUCAUUUUUAGUUUUUAUAGUUUAACGGGAAGGGUUCGUAGCCAGGUGCAACAAACAUUGUAGUUAAACCCCAACAAACCUCCUUUACGCAAAUCCUUUCCCCAAAUGUCCUUAUCACAUGCUGUGGGAGGGUAGUUUCCCAUUCUUUUGUCUCCACCAUCACCACCACCACAGGUUUAUCUUUCCGUGGGAUUCUAGCGAAUAUCACUUUACAAACGGGGUAAUAAAUGGGGAUGUGGUUAAAACAAACACUUUCCAU